AUGGUAUUGGGUAGUUCAGGUUUAAAGUGGGUCUCAGAAAGUGGUGACGGCGACCCUCACAAGAUUGUGUUGGAUUUAGAAGAGAAGGAUGAAGCUAUGGCAACUUCAGACAACGAAAGGUAUUUGAGAUAUAUUAUCUUAUUGGGAAAAGGAGGACCAUUGGUGUUAAAAGGGAUUUUAAAACGUGAAGCCAAGAAGAUUGGGAAAACAUUAUCUCAAAUUCUACUGGACAAUAGUAGUAAACUUCGGCAGGUUAUACGAUAUGAUAGCCAAUAUGGACGCAUAUUUCCAUCAGCAGGAUCUGUCAAUGAUGACCUAGAUAACUGGGAUACAUCACUAUUGUGUUUAGUAAUUCUGAAUAUAUUUAGAAGCAGCCUUACUUCUAAAGAACGAAAUGAUAUAAAGAUUCUUCGCGAUUUUAGAAAUGAAAUUCAAGGACACAGUGCAUCACUUGCAUUAUCUGAAGAUGAAUAUAACGAAUAUAGACGUGAUCUGAUAAGCGUUCUUCUAAAGUUGUCGUCAAGAAUUGAUCGCCAAUACCAUGACGAAUGUCAAGUGUUAAUUAAAUCAACAAAGUGUGGGCCUUUAGAAAUAAGUUCAACAUUGGAGGACUUCAAAGAAUUUCAAACCGAACUCUUGACACUAAUUAAAGUUGACUUUGGUGCCAACAGUAUCAAAUUAGAUGACAUAUGCAAAGAAAUCAAGAAGAUACAAGGUACGACUGUGCAACAAAAAGAAUUGGCUGAAGAGAACCUUCGUCGUUUGUGCAAAAUGGAAAAUGGACAAGACGAAAUAAGACAAAAAGUAGAAGUUACGAAUAUGCAACAAAAGGAAUUGGCUGAAGGGAACCGUAGCCAUUUCUGCAAAAUGGAAGUGGGACAAGAUGAAAUAAGACAAAUGCUUAAGGAGUUGCUGAAUAGAGAAGCAGAAGCAAGUACUAAGGGCAAUACAGAUAUCCAAGAAGGUAAUAUAUUAACAAGUGAAUAUCCUUUUAAAUUUCUCAGUUUUACAUUUUAA